UUCUGUUGGCUUCUUCGUUUCGUGUUCCCCUCCUCCCUCACUUCAACGAUGCUGUGGAGAUUGUGAAUUCUACCGGCGAACCUUCAGAGGACAGCAUGAGUUCGCUGAGUCUUGCUGCUGGUCCGGACAUUUGUGAGUCGAAGCAGCGUAAUCCCUUUCGGAACUCCAAUCUGUGUGCCGUGGAUUUGCUUGGCGUUAUCUCAUCGAUAUCGUGUUCUAGCAUCAGGUUCACAGCGAUCAGGAAGGAAUUUGCUGGGGAUAGUUUCGUGGUUGCCGGUCGAUUUGGAUUGUGUGCUAAACCGGGAGUUAGAUUCAAGAACUACAAAGUUUAUGGCUUGGACGGUAUCGAUCGGUCCGUUUCGACCGUUGACUCUGUCAAAAAGACUGAGGCUGCUCAGAUUGGUGAUUCGGUAACCUCGGAGGCGAAUAUGACCCUUAAUAAUCCCGUUCCAAAAGUAUUGCAGCUCCAGGGAAAGAAUGCAGGUCGAAAGAGUGGAAGAAACAUAUGGAGUCGACUCCAGAGAAUGCAGAAAGCAUCACAACAUAAAGUUUCGAAGAUUGUUUCCGGUAGGAAUUGUUCAUCAUUUGAGGACAAGAUCAGUGAUGGUGACCUAGAGGCUGUGAUAUCUGGCAUUCAUCCUGGUUCUAGUGUGGAUCGUUGUAACUGGGUUCUAAAGGUGCUUGAGAAGAGAAGCGAGGAGAAGACUGUGGAGUUCUUUGAAUGGAUGAAUUGUCAUGGAAAGUUGAAGGAAAAUACUGAUGCAUACUGCUUAGCCCUGCGAGCAUUGGCUAGGAAGGAGGAUUGGUCUAGAGCCAUGAUGUUGCUUCAAGAAAUGACUUCUGAUGAGUGUGAAUUGAAUGCUCAGGCAUUCAAUUCAUUGAUAUAUGUCUGUGCCAAAAGGGGACUGGUCGGAUGGGGGACAAAGUGGUUUCACAUGAUGUUGGAACAAGGUAUUCGUCCUAAUGUUGCUACCAUUGGCAUGCUUAUGGGACUUUUCCAAAAGAAAUGCAGCCUUUCGCAGGCUGAGUUUGCAUUUGGUCGCAUGAGAAGCUUGAAACUGAAGUGUACCACUGCAUACUCGGCCAUGAUCGUCAUUUACACUCGUCUGGGUCUGUAUAACAAGUCAGAGGAGGUCAUCAGUGUGAUGGAUAAGGAUGAAGUUCUUCCAGAUUUGGAGAAUUGGUUAGUGCGUCUCAACGCUUACAGUCAGCAAGGCAAGAUAGAAGAGGCUGAGACUGUGUUGAAGUCAAUGCUUAAAGCAGGGAUCUCUCCGAAUAUUGUUGCAUAUAAUACCUUGAUCACUGGGUAUGGAAAGGUAGCUAAUAUGAAGGCUGCAAAGCAUCUGUUUCAAGCCCUUGAAAGUGUUGGUUUAGAUCCAGAUGAAACAACCUAUAGAUCCAUGAUUGAAGGUUUUGGCAGAACUGACAAUUACAAAGAGGCAUUGUGGUACUAUGACAAACUCAAAAAUUCAGGAUUUCAGCCAAACUCUUCCAACUUCUACACUCUAAUUAAUCUACAAGCAAGACAUGGAGAUGAAAAAGGUGCUGUUCAAACUCUUGAAGACAUGAGAAGGGCAGGUUGCCAGUAUUCUUCAAUAGUGAGUAGCCUUAUUCAGGCGUAUGAAAGGAUUGGAAUGGUAGAAAAGGUGCCUCACAUACUGGAAGCUUCUUUUUAUGAGAAUAUUUUGUUGGAUCCUACAUCAUGUUCUAUUUUAGUUAUGGCCUAUGUGAAAUGUUCAUUGCUAGAUGAUGCUUUGAGAGUUUUACAGGACAAAAGUUGGGAAGAUUGUGAUUUUGAGGAGAACUUGUACCAUUUGUUGAUAUGUUCUUGCAAGGAGGCUGGUCAUUUUGAAAAUGCUGUAAAGGUAUACAUGCAGAUGCCAAAUUCUGAGAUCCAUCAGAAUCUUCAUAUAACGUGUUCUAUGAUUGAUAUUUACAGUGCCAUGGGCAGAUUUACUGAUGCUGAGAAUCUUUAUCUAAAAUUGAAAGGCUCUGGUGUCACCUUUGAUAUGGUUGCCUAUAGUAUAGUGGUGCGGAUGUACAUCAGAGCUGGAUCACUGGAGAAUGCAUGUGUUGUUCUGGAAAUGAUGGAGAAAGAGAAAGAUAUUGUUCCAGAUAUUUAUCUUUUCCGUGACAUGCUUCGAACUUACCAAAAGUGUGGCAUGACACAGAAGUUGGCAAACGUUUAUUACUGGAUACUUAAAAGUGGCAUUGCAUGGGAUGAGGCAAUGUAUAACUGUGUCAUAAAUUGUUGUGGGCAUGCUUUACCAGUGGAUGAGCUUUCAAGGUUGUAUGAGGAAAUGAUGCAGAAUGUACAUGCUGCUAACACCAUUACUUUCAAUGUAAUGCUAGAUGUCUAUGGAAAAUCCGGGCUGCUUAAGAAGGCUAGAAAGGUAUUUUGGAUGGCUCGCAAGCAGGGUUUGGCAGAUGUUAUAUCUUACAAUACCAUGAUAGCAGCACAUGGGAAAAGCAAGGAUAUUAAGAGUAUGAAAUCUGUUAUCCAGAAAAUGCAGUCCGCAGGUUUUCCUGUUUCUCUUGAGGCAUACAAUAGCUUGUUGGAUGCAUAUGGAAAAGACAACCGACUGGAGGAGUUUAAUGAUGUUUUGCAGAAAAUGAAGGAAUUAAAAUGUGUUUCUGAUCAUUAUACAUACAACAUUAUGAUAAAUAUCUACGGGAGAAAGGGUUGGAUUGAAGAGGUCUCUCGGGUGUUUGCUGAGCUGAAGGAGCAUGGACUGGAACCUGAUUUGUAUAGUUACAACACGUUGAUCAAAGCAUAUGGAAUUGCUGGAAUGGUGGAGGAGGCUGUUAAUGUUGUGCAAGAAAUGAGACGAAAAGGAAUCAAACCUGAUCGAAUAACAUAUACUAACCUUAUAACUACCCUCCAAAGGAAUGAAAAUUUCCUGGAGGCUGUUAAGUGGUCACUCUGGAUGAGGCAGAUGGAACGCCAAGUUGAAUUCUGCCCGUCAUUAACAUGACUGCCAAAUCUGCCAAGCAAUUGGAUGUUGUGAUUGACAAUCGUUGUGGACUCAGCCCAACUGUGUCACAAAUAGGACUUUCAUUGGGAAAAAAGAACUGACACAAGGUACCUGUAUUAACUUCCACUUUGACGACGACAUCAACCAUUCUCUUCAAGAUCUCGUCAAUAUUGAAGCCUGUGACAAGUGGAUAAUGCUUGCCGAUUAUUGUGCGUGGUGUUUCUUCUUCGCUGGGGACACCCGGAGAGGGCAGCUUGAGAUCGGAUGAGAACAAGAUACUGGUGCUGGCAUGAGUAACUUGGUUGGUGUUGAGAGGAAAUAAUUCUCUUGCUCGAAUAUAAAUUUGUACUCAGUGGAGGUUGUUUAAAGACACCAAUAGUUAUAUGUACAGUACAGAGGUUGCAUCCUAUUAAUUCAAUUACAUGAUCAAAAGUAUCUCUAGUUA